AUGGAAACAUGCUCGCAAUGUGUUGCUAGGGUAACAGUAGAGAUGCUGGAAAUAGAAUGUGCUUUAAUACAUAGUAUUUCAUAUAAACUUUGUGUUUCUGUAAAAUACAAGAUGGAUCAAGAAAAAAAGGAAGAUAAUGAUAAAAUAGUAGCAUUUUUGAGUAAAAAAGAGGAUAAAUAUGAUGAAAAACAAGUGAAUAUUUCUUCUGAUAUGUUUAUCCGUGAGGAUACAGCUUUGGAUGGGGGAUCAAGCAGAAUACCGGAUGAUGCAUUAUUGACUAUAGCAACAUCAUGUGGAGAUGAUAUAGUGAGUACAAGUGAUGAUUUAGAUUAUACAGAUGGCUCUGAUUGGGAUGAUACCUGUCGUACUACGUGUGCACCAUGUUUUGAGCUUAAGCCAUAUAAACAUCAAGUUGGGGGUCAUCAUACGCUAUUUAGAUUCUCUAAAAGGACUGUGUGCAAGCCGUUGGCAAAGCGUGAAAACGAGUUUUACGAGGCGGUUGAGCAUUUGCACCGUGAUCUGCUUGAGUUUAUGCCGAAAUAUAUGGGCGUAUUGAAUGUAACGUAUAAAGACAACAUGCAUAUGGUUUCUCUUGAUAAAAAUGCGUUUCAAAUACAUUCUACAAAAGAUUUAGAACAUCCGCAAUCUGAUAAAGGAGAUGCAGUGUCAUUACCUAAGGCAUCUUAUGAAAAAAAUCGUCAUGCAUUUUCACCUGUAUACCCUAUUGUAGCCUAUGUUGAAGGUAAAGAAGGAUGUCAAAUGCAGUUUCCUUCAUGGGGAACAACGACAAUUCAUCAAGACCUUGAAGAACAAAUUUUGGGAGAGCCUCGAACAAAGAGUAUGACUAAACAUCGUAUUAUUCGUCAAAGGACCCAGCUUUUGCGUAGAAAUAGUGAAUAUCCUCAAGGAAGAAAUCAAUCAGAUCCGUUAGCUAUAAAUGCGUUUGAUCGUACAAACAUUCCAUCUUUAGGAUUUCCUCAUAGACAUUCGUAUAUAUCAAAACGACGACACUCUGCUGAAAACGUACAUGAUAAUAAAAAGUCUGAAGAUUUCGAAGAUUAUACAUUUGAUCAUAGACUUCGGUCUGGAAAGAUUUUAACAUUAAAUAACGAUGAAGACAAAAAGGAAAAUGACCAGAAAAUGUCUCCUCACUAUUCCCCUAGUAACGAUAUUUUUUCUAUGGAUGAUCUCAAUGAAUCUUUACCUAAGAACGAUCCUUUAAAAAGCGCAAAUUCAUCUCAUGAAAGUCGUGAAAAUAUAUCUUCAUAUAUGGAAGCAGGAAUUAAUUGGUCACAACGCUGUUUCGAAUUAGAGCGUGCUAAACGGUUGAAAGAAUUACAAAGUCAACAAACCAUCUCAAUUACGUCUAUGUCGGGGGAUUCUGUAGACAAUCUUCAAGAAGAUUCUACUAGAGUUGAAAGAUUUAUUUUAAUAGAAGAUCUUGCAUCAGGUAUGAAGCGUCCAUGUGUUUUGGAUUUGAAAAUGGGUACUCGUCAAUAUGGUGUAGAUGCAAGUGAAAAAAAACGUGCUUCUCAAACUAAAAAGUGUGCAAUGACUACAUCUCGUGAGUUAGGUGUAAGAAUUUGUGGAAUGCAAGUUUGGAAUAGGAAAACAAAUGCAUAUUUGUUUCAAGAUAAAUAUCAUGGUCGUAAUCUUAAAGCAGAAGUAGAUUUUCAAGCAACUUUAACAAGAUUUUUACAUGAUGGGCGAACAGAAGAAGAAGGUGGUGGUGUUUUUUAUGAUAAAAUUCCAAUUAUAUUGAACAAACUUGUACAAUUAGAAAAAAUAAUUCGGACACUUAAAGGUUAUCGUUUUUAUGCUAGUAGUUUAUUGCUUUUAUAUGAUGGCGGAUAUUAUGAAAGUGAUGAAGAAUAUUUUGCAAAUGUAAAAAAAGAGUCUAGUUUUGACAUCGAUAUUAAAAUAAUUGAUUUUGCUAAUUGUAUAAUACAAGAAAAUAAUUUUUCAGAUGAUACAAAAUAUCCACCAAAACAUCCAAAUUCAUGUGAUUACGGUUAUAUAAGAGGUUUGCGAACAUUACGAACAUAUUUACAAAAAAUUUGGGAAGAGGCACCAAAUAAAUAUUUUAUUCAACAAUCUUAUAAAAAUGAAUUUUCUCAUUGGAAUAUAGAACAUACAGAAAAGGAUUUAGAAAAAAGAAAAAGCAUUACUGAUGAAAGUGAUGUAUCAAUAUAA